UUUUUUGUUUCACUACACUUUUGCUAUUUUCCACAUGCAUGCAACUGCUCUUGUAUAAUUAUUCAACCACCUCUCCCUGUUUUGAGGUAGACUCAGUACUUGCUGUGUGGUUCCUCUAAAUAUAGAGUCCAGAGUAUCCUGUUUGGAAAACGUUAAAAGUAUUGAGACUCCCACAUCGUGAGAUAUGUACUAUUACAUGUCAGUUUAUUGAAACAAGAUACUCCCAAUUAACAACGUACUGCAUUGACUCAUAUAGUUUUGGAGCCAAUCAUACAUUUCAUGUCAUCGGUAUGUGUCAUGUCGUUAUAAACAAGGUGUUCGAUUUGAAGGGCUCCAUGAGAAGUCGAUUCAUUGAUCCAUCUAAAGAGAGCAGUUGGGACGUACUGUUGGAUGAGAACUACCUUCAAUCAAUUUGCUGCAACCCAGUGUAUGUGUACCCCCACUCCAAGUGCGUACUGAUGCAGGCCAUACUAGCCGACACUGAGUUCCUGGCACAGAAUGCCAUCAUGGACUACUCUCUACUCACUUGCAUCGAUGACUCCACGAGAGAACUUGUCGUUGGAAUUAUUGACUAUAUCCAUACCUUUACGCUGGAUAAGAGGGUGGAAAUGUUCCUCAAGAAGACAGCUGGGAAGACGCUACCAACUGUCGUGUACCCUGAACUCUACCGUAAGAGAUUCUGUGAGGCAAUGGACAAAUAUUUCACAGUAGUGCCUGAUAAAUGGACAGGGCUAGGUGCAGACGUCAAGUACUAGCAUUGUAUUAACUAUAAAAUUAUUAUAAUUAUGUGUGUCAUGUCUCCGUCGUGGUUUUGUUUUUAUUGAUCAAAGCAUCACUGUAAUGUGACUAUGUUCUCUGUCUUCAAUUGUUAUUUCUGAAAUGUUGAUGGAAAUGUGCUGUCAGUGCUUUUGUUGCUGAAUUGAAA